CCAAACGUUUUAACAAUUGUUUUAGCAGUUAAUUGCUCUCAAGAUUGCAAGUUUUCGUACAUGUUUUUUUCUGGACUGACGGGUAUUCAAUCUUGGCUCUAUCGUGCUUAGAUAAACAAUCUUCGUACAGACUUCCCAUGGACGUGUUGCCAGAUCGCUUGUGGUUGGAAAUUUUUUCUUAUUUACACUUAAAGGAGAAUUUUGAUAAGCGGCUUGUGUGCAGAAAAUGGCGUGAUUUGCUUCAAGACUUCUCUUUGUGGACUGAAAUCCGAAUAAAGCAUGACACCCAUCUUGCUUCUGUUGUUACAGAUGACGUAAUUGGUGAUUGGUUGGCUCGUUGGGGACGUCGUGUUAGAUAUCUACAGUUUCGCUACUGCCGAAAGCUAACGAACUUUGCUGGACAGUUGAUUGCAAAUAAUUGUCCCAUGGUUGAAAUCAUCGACAUACAAGGCUGUGUCGGCAUUGGAGACUACGGGAUAGCACUUAUAGCGGCCUGUUGUAAAGCUGUUACGAAAGUUAACUUUUUUAUGACGGGGGCAACAGAUGUCGGAUUCUCGGAGCUGCUGGAAAAUGUACCAACUAUCACAGCAGUUAAACUGCCAAGUAAGGGAAACUGUUAUCGCAAUUUAGAAGCAAUCAUGAAGCACUGCAAUGUGCUCGAAACACUUAUUCUAAAUGACGUUAUUCCUUUUAAUGAAACUGAUCCAGUGGUACGUGAUGGAACAAUCACUGAAAUUUCAAGAAAAUUCACAACUAUUCGCAAGCUUAGUUUGAACUGGUGUUGGUACUUAACUGACGAAUGUAUGGCUGCUAUUGCUGAAAAUUGUGCAAAUUUGAGUCACCUUGCUAUUACAGAGUGCCAUCAAGUGACAGACGAUGGCCUGAUAAAAAUUGUACGGAAGUGUCCAAAUCUUAGAAAAUUACAGUUGGGACGUCUUUAUAGUGUCACUGACCGAUUAGCUGAAGGUUUCACGAAGAAGAAAAGUUCGCUUGUAAGACUGAAGCUGAUUGAUACCUCCAUCACCGAUAAAGGUGUCUCCAAGAUUCUCGAGAACUCUCCAGAUAUCCGUGCUGUUUACCUUGGGGAAUACUGUUUGAAUGUCUCAAAGCUGACUGGAGAGUUUCUCGACGUCUGCUCGAAAGAUUGUAAGAAGUUGGUCGAGUUAGUCUUCGUGUCAUCAAAUUCUAUCAGCAACGAAAUGGCCCUAAAAAUAGCAAAGAAUUUGACACAUUUGGAAAUACUGCUUUUGAGUUCCUGCUCAAAGAUUAUCAAGUCUGGUUUGGAAGCAAUGCUUAGUACUCUAAAGAAUUUACGAGAACUGAGGGUCUGUAAAUGCGAAGCCAUGGAUGAUGAUAUUCUUGGAGCCGCUGCACAGUUGCUUCCUGUUUUACGUUCCGUUGAGGUAUAUGGAUGCCAUAAGCUGACAAAAAAGGGCAUCAAAAAAUUUCAAAAAAUCAAACCAGACUGCAAUUUACGAUUCUAAACAAAUUUUUUCUCAUUAUGACUUCUUAUGGUAACUUUCUAAUGACUUUGCUUGAAUUGAUUUGAAAAGUUAUCACGAUGAAAUUUACUAUUAUUAAAUUCUAUAUACAUAUGAAAACGUAUCAAAUGUAUAUUGCAAGUCAUUCUCGAAAGUAAAAUAUUUCUCCUAAUACGCCAUGUCACUGAUGAAUUGCAUAAAGCAGUUCAUGCUCUAAGUGUUCACGUGUGGGUUGGGUACCGAGGAGCCCAGCACUCUGCUAUGUUCCCAAAUUUUUCAACUGAUAAAAGCUUUCAGCCAAUUUGUUCUAAAGCCCAGGCCAAACUACUCGAUUUUUCACUCGAUAUUUUACUGAACAAGAAAUCAAGUGAAAAAUCGAGUCGUUUGGCCACCUUGUCAAGCGAGUCGAAUGGCGUCGAUUGAUUUCGAGAUUAUAAAUUGUAUAAAUUUUAAAGUUGCUUCUAUUCCCUAAAUGAAGUGACUAAAAUUUUUGUCAGACCUUUUUGAAACCCUGUGAUGAUUUUAAAAUAUGGCAUUGUGAGUUUCGUUCGUUCGAUCUAUGGUAUGAGUCACAACAACGUAUAGGUCAACAAUGAACAGAAAAGUGAAGCUAGAUGUAGCAUUUCAGUGCAAAGACACACUUACAGAUGAAGCUUUAGCAGUGUUUCAAAAUUUUUGCCACCUUUAAACUCCCAAGAAUUCUAAAUUAUGAAGUAUUUUAAAUGCUCAUAUUUUUGUGUUGUUGUCCUU